CUCAUUGCUCCUAUGGAGGCUCCAAACUUCCACUUGACAAUGGGAAACUGGCUGGCUAACCACUGGCUUUCAGUUUUGUUUCUGGUUUCUUGGUUGGGUCUCAACAUUUUUCUGUUUGUGUAUGCCUUCCUGAAUUAUGAGAAGUCUGACAAGUACUUUUACACAAGAGAAAUUCUUGGGACUGCCUUGGCCUUUGCCCGAGCCUCUGCUUUCUGCUUGAAUUUUAACAGCAUGGUGAUCCUGCUUCCUGUGUGUCGUAAUCUGCUCUCCUUCCUGAGGGGUACCUGCUCAUUUUGCAACCGCACACUGAGAAAGCCAUUGGAUCACAACCUCAUCUUUCAUAAGUUGGUGGCAUAUAUGAUCUGCAUAUUCACAGCUAUUCAUGUCAUUGCACACCUAUUUAACUUUGAACGCUACAGCAGAAGCCAGCAGGCCAUGGAUGGAUCUCUUGCCUCUGUUCUCUCCAACCUAGCUCAUGAGAAAGAAGGAGAUUCUUGGCUAAAUCCCAUCCAGUCUCCAAACACGACAGUGAUGUAUGCAACAUUCACCAGUGUUGCUGGCCUUACUGGAGUGAUUGCCACAACAGCCUUGGUGCUCAUGGUAACUUCAGCUGUGGAGUUUAUCCGUAGGAAUUAUUUUGAGCUCUUCUGGUAUACACAUCAUCUUUUUAUCGUCUAUAUCAUCUGCUUAGGGAUCCAUGGCCUGGGUGGGAUUGUCCGGGGUCAAACAGAGGAGAGCAUAGGGGAAAGUCAUCCCAACAACUGCUCAAAUUCUUUUCUUGAGUGGGAUAAGUAUGAGUGGAGUUGCAGACGUCCUCAUUUUGUGGGGCACCCCCCUGAGUCUUGGAAGUGGAUCCUUGCACCGAUUGCUCUAUAUAUCUUUGAAAGGAUCCUUCGCUUUUAUCGCUCCCAGCAGAAGGUUGUGAUUACAAAGGUUGUCAUGCACCCAUCUAAAGUUUUGGAAUUGCAGAUGCGAAAGCGUGGCUUUAGCAUGGAAGUGGGACAGUAUAUAUUUGUAAACUGCCCCUCAAUUUCCUUCCUGGAAUGGCAUCCCUUUACUCUGACCUCUGCUCCAGAGGAAGAAUUUUUCUCCAUUCAUAUCCGAGCAGCAGGGGACUGGACAGAAAAUCUCAUAAGGACAUUUGAACAACAGCACUCACCAAUGCCCAGGAUUGAGGUGGAUGGUCCCUUCGGCACAGUCAGUGAAGAUGUUUUCCAGUAUGAAGUGGCUGUAUUGGUUGGGGCAGGGAUUGGGGUCACCCCCUUUGCUUCCAUCUUGAAAUCUAUCUGGUACAAAUUCCAGCAUGCAGACAACAAGCUCAAAACACAAAAGAUCUAUUUCUACUGGAUCUGCAGAGAGACACGUGCUUUUGCCUGGUUCAACAACUUAUUGAAUUCCCUGGAACAAGAGAUGGAGGAAUUAGGCAAAAUGGAUUUCCUAAACUACCGUCUCUUUCUCACUGGCUGGGAUAGCAACAUUGCUGGUCAUGCAGCAUUAAACUUUGACAAAGCCACUGACGUCCUGACAGGUCUGAAACAGAAGACCUUCUUUGGGAGACCAAUGUGGGACAAUGAGUUCUCCAGAAUAGCUGCUGCUCACCCCAAGUCAGUAGUGGGGGUUUUCUUAUGCGGCCCUCGGACUCUGGCGAAGAGCCUGCGCAGAUGCUGUCAGCGAUACUCAAGUCUGGAUCCUAGGAAGGUUCAAUUCUACUUCAACAAAGAAACGUUCUGA